GAGGUCGCCAUCAUGAAACGCCUGCGGCACCCCAACGUCAUGUCCAUUGUGUCCGCCGUGAGGACCCCACUGUACUUGGCCAUAGUGAUGCCUUACUGCUGCAAGGGGGCGCUGAGUUAUCUCAUACCUACUCUAAUGUUGUCACAGCAACGCAAGUUAAUGAAGCAGGUAGCUAUUUCAAAUUUUUUAAUCUUUAAAUUUUUUAUUUACCAAUAAUUUCAAUAGCCGGCGCCUGGAUGAGAAGAUGCACGAUAAGCCCGACAACUAUUUGUUUUAAUGACAAAUGAUAAAACCCCGUGAACAUAGCGAAGCUUGAAAAUUCCGCAUGUCGGAGCAGUUAAAAAAAAAAUGAUAUUUUUGAGCCCCUUGUGUACAUGGGAUUUCGUCGUUUAACUCAUUUUCAUGUUCUGUCUUAAGACGAUUCAGACCCCAAACCCCGGGUUGGAGAAGUAUAAAAAAUAAUAUUCCGGUGCCCCUUGACAUUUAGGAAUACAUGGGCAUCUGAUGGUUUAACUCGUUUCGUAACUUUCUAUAUUUAAAGACGACUCCGUCUACACCUCAUGAUAUAUUUUUUUUGGCCACCCCCUGUCAAUGCUACUCAGCCCCCCCCCACCCCCUUCUUCAUGAAGCCCAGUUUCUCUUUCCUUUGCUGCUCAAUGAAAUUACAGGGAUCUGCGUAUAUUUUAUUUUAAAAAAAAAUUGUUACAAUGUUUCUAUGUUAUAAUGUUACAUUCAAUGUUACAAUAUAUCAGUGUUACAACAUUACAUUCAAUGUUGCAAAUAUAUCAAGUGUUUUAAUGUUACAACGUUACAAUAUCACAAUUUUAAUUUUUUUUUAAUGUUUUAAUGUUACAAUGUUUCAGUGCUUCAUUGUUUCAAUGGUUUAAUGUUACAAUGUUUCAGUGCUUCAUUGUUUUAAUGGUUUAAUGUUACAAUGGUUUUAUUUAUUUCUUUUUCUACAAUUUUACAAUGUUAAAUUUUUUUCAUCACUCACUUGCAGAUAACACGAGCAGUGGAAUACCUGCACAGACACAACAUCGUCCACGGCGACAUCAAGCCGCACAACGUCAUCAUUGACGACAACGGCAACGCCCUUCUCUCGGACUUUGGACUGUCCAGGGCCGUCCCCAACCAGAGGGUGGAGAUCUUUGUGGACUUCGGCACCCAGGCUUACAGGGCGCCAGAGACUUUGGGCGAAGACCGAGUCAAU